AUGGGUGAAGUAAGAGAGGAGAUUGUGUUUCGUGCGAGGAUUGCUGCAUCAAUCUCGAGUAUCAGUUUACUGCUCGAUGGUAUUGCAAGUAUCUUCGGACACAAUGCUCGUCUCGUAAUCGAAUCGUCGCAACGAGAAAGAAAAAGUGUGCGAAAGAGGCAGAGAGCUAGUGAACUGCUUGAAAAAUUUCCCGCUUUAUUCUCGGACGAUGGUAGAACGCAUGCCGGUAGAAGCCGAGAAAGUUGCGGCGGGGUCGGACGAAAUAUCGCCAACGCCUUGAUCAGCCUUGGUCUGAAUGCUACACGGUUAAUAUCUGUCGUUGGUAACGACCAGCCUGGGAAAGCUAUAAUUAAAAGUCUAGGAGAUGGUGCCCAGACCAUCGAGCAGUUGUCAAAUAUGAACACAGCUAGGUGUACCGUAAUCAUCAAUUACAAAGGAGAAUGUCAAUUUUCAAUCGGCGAAAUGGAAGUAUUUGCUAGUAUCAGUCCAGAUGUGGUGAAGAAAUACCAAUCGUGCGUGGAGAACUCGAGCUUCAUCGUUCUCGAUGGCAAUCUACCGCUGGACACGAUACGAUACGUAUUGGAUCUUGCAGCAUGCUCAAAAAUUCCAGUUUGGUACGAACCUACAGAUGUGAACAAGGCAACAAAAGUAUUUGAAGCAAAAUCACAGUGGCAAAAUGUUUUGCAUUUUAUAUCACCAAAUAGAAAUGAACUGUCAGUUAUCGGGAAAUAUCUUGGCAUACCAGUACCUGACAACAAAUUAUUUAUGGAUUUAGAAGAAGUGAAAGCAAUUGCAGAGCAGAUAGCCGAAUUUAUCCCAGUGGUUAUAAGUACAUUAGGAUCACAUGGAGUAUUGGUCGCUCGUAAAGCCUUAGGAAAUGAUCCCUUUUAUGAUAAAGAAGGAAGAUUGGUUGCUCACACUACGAUCACAUCUCGCUUAUAUCCUCCUUUAUUUUUUAUUUCUGAUGAUCCAAAUGAAACAUUCAAUGUGAACGGUUGUGGUGAUUGCCUCACUGCAGGAAUAAUUUACGGAAUUCAUAAAAAUCUAGAUGAAACUAGUUGUCUUUCCUUAGCUCUAAAAGCUGCUGCGCUUUCUUUGACUUCGUUAGAUGCAGUUCCUACUUCACUUUCAUUAUUAUGCAAUGAUAUAAAAUGUAGGUAAAUAUUGACAAUUAAAAACUAUAUAUUCAUACAACCUAUACAUUUUGUUUUCUAAAAUAUAUAUUUUUCUAAGGUUGAGUAAGUGGAUAAAUUUUAAUAAAUAAUUAAUAGCUAUAUAAUUGUAAUUAAUAGCUAUGCCUUUAUAAAUUAAUUAUCUUCCUUCUUUCCCCAUUUUCUAACAAAUUCGGCAACAUUAAAUUUCCGUUUACAUCCCUCAUAAUUCAUGUAUCUUAUUUUUCCAAAUAUAUCUCUUUCUGACCAACCAUGAUCAUGGAUACCACAGAUAGACCACAUACAACCUACAAAAACAAAUACAAUGUAUUAUCUCAUAUAAAAUACAAAUAUUCAUACACAAGUAUAAACUGGGACAGAGAACUGACCUACAUAACCAUUAGGGUCACAACCAUCUAUGCUGUAUUUAUUAUUUAAGUAAUUAGCCCAUUCUAAUGCAAUCUCGGGUGUUUCAGUCCAUUCUAAUAUUUUUUUUGCCCAAUACAUUCUUAAAAAUGCAUGCAUCUUUCCAACUGUUACCAUUUGAUUUUGACAUGCAUUCCAUAGAUCAUCGUGAGUUUUAAAAUUUUCUAAUUGACUUAAAGAAUAUACAUAUUUUCGUUUAUCCUUCCUAAAUGUAAUCAACUAUUAAUAAUUAAUAUACACAACUUAUAAUAAAUAAAAUAAAUUACCUAUGUUUAUUUAAUGUUUCUAUAGCCCAAGGAUAGGCACCUUCAACAAGAUCAUACUUUUCAUUAUAGAAACAAAAAUUAUCACUGAGUUCUCUUCUAAUGAUAGCUUCCUCCAUGAAGGAUUCAACUGACUUUUUAUACAAUCUUUUAUAUUCUUUUAUUUCCAAAAUACAUCGUUGUACUGAGAUCAUACCGAAAUGAAACCAAGGUGACAAAUUACUAGUGACAUUUGAUAAAGGAUUAUUACGUUCAUCUCCAUAUUUUUGUAAACGAUUCUGUAUAAAAUUUUCUAGUUCCUUAAUACCACCUAUAUAUCCUGGUUCAGCCCAUGUAAUUUCAUUCACUGACUUAUCUGCAUCUACAUCUUGCAAAGCUAUAUCCCAAUUAUUUCUUUCAAAAUUUUCUUUUGUUAAAUAUGGAUGCUCAAUAACAGGAGGAAAUUCUGUUAAAAAUUCCUCUAGUUUUACAUUUAUUUUAUUUCUUAUAGUUUUAG